UCUGCACCAGCUCUGAGAGAACGAAGAGGUGCAACAGGCAGUUCCUUCCAAGGAGAUGUCGAUUCCAUUCUCCAACACCCACUACCGAAUUCCACAAGGAUUUGGGAAUCUUCUUGAAGGGCUGACACGCGAGAUUCUGAGGGAGCAACCGGAAAAUAUACCAGCUUUUGCAGCAGCAUAUUUUGAAAAUCUUCUAGAGAAACGAGAGAAAACCAACUUUGACCCAGCAGAAUGGGGGACUAAGGUAGAUGACCGCUUCUAUAACAACCAUGCAUUCAAGGAUCAUGAAUCACCUGAGAAUUGUGAGUCCGAAAAAGAAAAGUUUCCACCUGUGAAAGAGGAUGAGACACCAGUCACAGCCUUAGAACCUUCUGAAGAAGAAAAAGCAAAAGAGGAGAACGCUGCUCUCAAAAUCCAAGCAGUCUUCCGGGGACACUUAGCCAGAGAGGAGGUGAAGAAAAUGAAAUCGGGUGAAGCUCAAGAGAAAAGAGAAGAAAAUAAAUGAGAAGACUGGUUUUACUCCCCCGCUCCCCAGAAAAAACAUGAAAAAAU